GUAUACUUGGUAGCGUUACAGUUGAUAGAAUAUUGCACAGACAUUGGAAAAUUGUUCCGUUUGAAUUCAAAAGUGAUUUUGUUAACAAACUGGUAGAAAGGUAGGUGUAUAUACGAGUGCUUAUUAUACCUGUGAAGAUAGCUUUUGUCUGGCGUAGUCGACUCACUCCGUUACCGUGCGAAUCAGCGAAGGGAAAACUGUCUAUAAUAUAAUAACGCGAGCUUAAAGCCGGUUUUCCACUAGCGAAUUUUCUUGCGCGAAGCGACCUUUUUCCUUUGUCGGUAUCACUUAUUACGUCAGCAAGACGUGGCAAAAUGGAUAGCCGACAAAGGAAAAAGGUCGCUUCGGUCGCGUCGAAUGCAAUUAAGACAAUAGAUAAUGAAGCUGAGGUUUAUCAAUGAGGAGACUGGAUUAAAAAUUGUGUUUGUGUCAGUUUGUGGUAUAAUCUUCAACACAUAUGACAAAACUUGAUUUUUAAUUUUUUGCGUCCUUUACGAGCGCUAUGAUGCAAAACCACGUUAACCACCAAAAUGCAUUUAAAACUAUAUAGUUAUCUCUUUACAGUGACAGUGGGUGGAUGGAAGAGUCUCCUCGUACAGUGUUAUCACAACCUGCUCUAUUCAAGGGUACAUUCACAGUUUCUGGAAAACCUGCCGAUACGUUUCUUGACAUUGAA